CUCCGCGCUGGCGCCAUUUCCGCCAGCCCGGAGCGCCUCCUACCUUCCCGCCUCCCUUCUCGGAGCGUCUCAAACCCAGGCCCCGGGUCCCCAGCUCCGAGGGUCCUUGGGGGGCGGGGAGCAGGUCUGAUGAGUAACCCCUCCCCCCAGGUCCCCGAGGAAGAAGCCUCUACGUCUGUCUGUCGGCCCAAGAGUUCCAUGGCCUCUGCUUCCCGCCGACAACGCCGAGAGCGACGCUUCCGGCGGUACUUGUCUGCAGGGCGGCUGGUGCGAGCCCAGGCUCUCCUCCAGCGACACCCUGGCCUUGAUGUGGAUGCCGGGCAGCCCCCUCCUCUCCACAGGGCCUGUGCCCGCCACGAUGCCCCAGCCCUGUGCCUGCUGCUGCGACUCGGGGCUGACCCAGCCCACCAGGACCGCCACGGCGACACGGCACUGCACGCUGCUGCCCGCCAGGGCCCCGAAGCUUACACGGACUUCUUCCUGCCGCUGCUGAGUCGCUGCCCCUCAGCCAUGGGGAUAAAGAAUAAGGAUGGGGAGACUCCUGGGCAGAUUCUGGGCUGGGGACCACCCUGGGAUUCUGCUGAAGAGGAAGAGGAUGAGGAGGUCUCCAAGGAGCAGGAAUGGCAUCAGAAGCUUCAGGGCGAGCUAGAAGAUGAGUGGCAAGAGGUCAUCGGGAGGUUUGAAGAGGAUGCUUCUCAUGAGACACAGGAGCCUGAGUCCUUCUCAGCCUGGUCAGACCGCCUGGCUAGAGAGCAUGCCCAGAAACGGCGGCGGCAGCUGGAGACAGAGGGAUCCCGCCAACCCCUAAGGGCUGAGGGCUCCAGUCACAGCUGGCGGCAGCAAGAGGAAGAACAUCGGCUUUUCCGAGAACGAGCUCGAGCCAAGGAGGAGGAACUGCGUGAGAGCCGAGCCAGGAGGGCUCAAGAGGCUCACAGGGACAGAGGGACAGAGCCUCCCAAGCCUGGGCCCAGGGCAGAGCACCCACGAGGGGCAGGGAGGGGUGGCCUCUGGCGCUUUGGUGAUGUGCCCUGGCCAUGCCCUGGUGGAGGGGACCCAGAGGCCAUGGCUGCAGCUUUGGUGGCUAGAGGCCCCCCUCUGGAGGAACAGGGGGCUCUGAGAAGGUACUUGAGAGUCCAGCAGGUCCGAUGGCACCCUGACCGCUUCCUGCAGAGAUUCCGAAGCCAGAUUGAGACCUGGGAGCUGGGCCGUGUGAUGGGAACUGUGACAGCCCUUUCUCAGGCCCUGAACCGACAUGCAGAAGCCCUCAAGUGACCCUAGGGGAUGAGCAAGAACCUGUGGGGAUGUCACCAAGGACAGGCAGGAAGAGGCGGAAGUUUGUGGAUGGGGAUGGAUACGAGGCAGCUUAGCUACUGCACAGAGGAUAUGGGGCAGGCUCACGUAAUGGGUGCGGGGGUGGGGGGGAGGCU